UUCAUCAUGUCGUCUUUCAGCCCGACACAAAUCUUCGAGGACGGAACCACGGAGGAGAAGGGAGAGAAUGCCCGUCUCUCCGCCUUCGUCGGCGCCAUCGCCGUCGGCGAUCUCGUCAAGAGCACCCUUGGCCCCAAGGGUAUGGACAAGAUUCUGCAGUCUGCAUCAACCGGCGAGAUCAUGGUCACGAACGACGGCGCCACCAUCCUGAAGUCUAUCGCCCUCGACAACGCGGCAGCCAAGGUCCUGGUCAACAUUUCCAAGGUCCAGGACGAUGAGGUCGGUGACGGCACCACUUCGGUUGCCGUUCUCGCGGCCGAGCUCCUCCGCGAAGCCGAGAAGCUUGUCGACAAGAAGAUCCACCCCCAGACCAUCAUCGAGGGCUACCGGAUAGCGAGCCAGGCCGCCCUCAAGGCCCUCAAGGAAUCCGCCGUCGACCGCAGCAACACCCCCGAGGCUUUCAGGAAAGACCUGCGGGCCAUCGCCCGCACAACCCUCAGCUCCAAGGUCCUGGCCCAGGAUCGUGACCACUUCUCCCAGCUCGCCUGCGAAGCCGUGCUGCGUCUCAAGAACUCAUCGGACCUCAGCCAUAUCCAGAUCAUCAAGAAGGCCGGCGGCAAGCUGAGCGACUCGUACCUCGACGAGGGUUUCAUCCUCGACAAGAAAAUUGGCGUCAACCAGCCCAAGCGUCUGGAGAAGGCCAAGAUCCUGGUGGCCAACACGUCGAUGGACACGGACAAGAUCAAGAUCUUUGGCGCCCGCGUCAAGGUGGGAACGACCAGCAAGCUGGCGGACCUCGAGAAGGCGGAGAAGGAGAAGAUGAAGGCCAAGGUGGAGAAGAUCAAGGCGCAUGGCAUCAACUGCUUCAUCAACAGACAACUCAUCUACAACUGGCCCGAGCAGCUCUUCACGGAUGCGGGUAUCAUGUCCAUCGAGCACGCCGACUUUGAUGGCAUUGAGAGGCUGGCUCUAGUGACGGGCGGCGAGAUUGCGUCGACCUUUGACCACCCCGACCAGGUCAAGCUGGGACAGUGCGACUUGAUUGAGGAGGUCAUUAUCGGCGAGGACACGCUGAUUAAGUUCUCUGGUGUUGGCGCUGGCGAGGCCUGCACGAUUGUGCUGCGCGGUGCCACGGAUCAGCUCUUGGACGAGGCGGAGCGCAGUCUGCACGACGCCCUGGCCGUCCUGUCACAGACGGUAAAGGAGCCGUGGACGACUCUGGGUGGCGGCUGUGCCGAGAUGGUCAUGGCCAAGGCUGUUGAGGGUGCCGCGACGCGCGUUGAGGGCAAGAAGCAGAUGGCUGUCAGCAGCUUCGCGAUUGCGCUGCGUCAGUUGCCCACUAUCCUGGCCGACAACGCGGGUCUCGACUCUGGCGAGCUUGUUGCGCGUCUGAGAAAGGCCAUUUACGAUGGCAUGACGAAUUACGGAUUGGAUCUCCUGACGCCCGGUGGUGGCAUCACCGAUAUGCGGGAUCUGGGUGUCGUGGAGAGCUACAAGUUGAAGAGAGCGGUGGUUUCGUCUGCCAGCGAGGCAGCAGAGCUUCUUCUUCGCGUAGACGACAUCAUCCGCGCCGCCCCCAGAAGACGGGAGCGUGCUUGAUUCAAGACACACACAGCAAUGACGGCAGCACUGGAGGAGUUCCCGGCAGGAUUGGAAGGUCAAGAAGGAGAAGAAAAGUGAUAUUCGCAUGUCGGCGACUAAAAGUGAAAGACAAAAGUCAAUACCAUAGAAAAGGGGAUCAAUCCUGGGCUGGAUGAAUCAAUGGCAGUGUCAUGAAUGAGUCUCGCAUCGUAUCGCAUUGCAUCGCGUCGUAUCGCUCUGCACUUUGUCAAAGAUGGCCGUUGAUGGUGGUGUGGUCCAGUGGCUGAGUGCGGGCGUGCUACCAAUCUCACUCAACGCUCGGGGCCGCUCACGGGGAUUGGUGUCAACAGGGCUGGCAGUUUGCUGACGGCAGGGUUCCCGCUGAGGCGAAAUGAGGUUAUUCGCCCUGUCUGCUGUUGUGCAGGUUGACGGGAAGAAACAGUUGCGUUGUUAUUAUAACCCUACAUGGGUAAUGUGUUUCUAGGUGCAUGAUGAUGGGCCUGUACUCGACGUUACUUACUUCACUCCUUAUAGCAACGGCAAGGUCAAUUUGAUUCCCAGACGCAUGCUCCCAUCAACACACGGUUCGUCUCAACAUGGUCGUCAUCUGUCGUCUCGUCUUUUUCUCGUCCGCAUUUUUCGUGAUGAGCCAAAUCCAAAACGUGCCAGGUCCACCCAGGCCCGCAGAUCGGAAUGUCUGGGUGGGCUGUACCACGAGGGGCGGCUGGCAAUGUCCAUGUUCCAUGGACCACGAGUCGUCUGCUGCUGCCGCAUUAUACA